ACGUAUAUCCUUAUUCUUGGCAACUUUUUUUCGGUUAAAUUUCACAUUCCCUACCAAAACAUAUUCCCAAAUCUAACCUCCGCGCAACUUUACUCUGAUGUCUGAUCCCCCGCAUCUUCACGUAAUCUCUCACCAAAUUUCUCCCCCUUUUCUUCAAUCUUCCGUUUCUGCAAACCCUCAAUUUUCUGAUUCCCACCGCAUUGAUCCGCAGGUUUGUGCUUUUCUUGCCCUAGAAAUCGAUUUAUAUUAUUGGGUUAUUACCGAAAUUAGGGUUGAUUAAUUGGUAUAUCUUAAUUCGAUCGAUAUAUUAGUUUGGAUUUUGAUGGCAAUGUUGUUGUUAUAAUUCGAACAAUAAUGAUGAAUAAGAAGAAAAGAAAAGGAAGCGGAAUUGAUGAUGAUUGUGAAAACCUAAUUAAGACUCCAAUUAAUCCGUUGCAAUUGAUUAAUGAAGAUAGAGGGUCGAUUAUUAGGGCACAUUUAUCGCUUGAAGAUUGUUCUAGGUUGAAGAAGAAGUGUAAAGAAGAUGUGGGUAGUAAUAAUGUUUUUGAUGGAUCAUCAUGUGUUAGAAAUAGAAUUGUUGGGGUUUCGACUGUUCCCCCUUCGAUUGGAUUGUCGUAUGUCGAACCGAGUCGGGGUUUGAAGAGGAAGAUUGGGUGUAUUGAUGUUGCUACACAAAUUGGUAGCAGGAAGAAUAAGCUUGAGGAUGAUUAUGUUAUGAUCAAGACUAUAGGGCAGGGGAAAUUCGGGUCGGUUUGGUUGUGUAGGUGUAAGGCGAGUGGGCGCGAAUAUGCGUGUAAGACAUUGAAGAAAGGUGAAGAGACGGUGCAUAGGGAAGUCGAGAUAAUGCAGCAUUUAUCAGGGCAUCCUGGGAUUGUGAUGUUGAAUGCAGUGUAUGAGGAUUCUGAUUGUUUUCAUCUUGUGAUGGAGUUGUGUUCCGGGGGCAGGUUGGUUGAUGAGAUGAAGGAGAAUAGGUGCUCGGAACAACGAGCUGCGCAUAUAUUGAAGGAAUUGAUGCUUGUGAUCAAGUACUGUCAUGAGAUGGGAGUUGUGCAUAGAGAUAUAAAGCCGGAGAAUAUAUUGCUUACAAGUUCAGGGAAGAUGAAACUUGCUGAUUUUGGCUUGGCUGUCAGAGUUGCUAGUGGUCAGAGCUUGACUGGAGUAGCUGGAAGUCCAGCCUAUGUUGCACCUGAAGUACUCUCCGGAGCUUACCGGGAGAAAGUGGAUAUCUGGAGUGCUGGCAUUCUCCUUCAUGCCCUUUUGACAGGCUCUCUUCCAUUCCAAGGGAAGUCAAUAGAAACGGUUUUUGAGGCAAUCAAGAAUAAUAAACUAGAUUUCCACUCUGGCGAAUGGCUGUCGGUUUCCAAACUUGCACGAGAUUUAGGUGAGAAAAUGUUGACGAGGGAUGUUUCAGAAAGGAUUUCAGCAGAUGAAGUUCUUGGGCAUCCAUUUAUAAUGUUCUAUACAGAGAGGACAUUAAAAUCGCUUUCCAUCAAGUCUAAUUCAAGAAAUGUAUCAGUGACUCCUUCCCACCAAUCAGACAAAACCUCGUUGCCUGAAUCACACAAACUCCUGCCUAGCUCUUGCCCAUCAAAUGAGAAUUUAGAUCCGGCUGUAACAACCAAGCAUCUCGUGACUUGUGAUACUGACAAGCAAGAUGACUGUGGUCUAAUGGAUGUACUUGUAGUAGCAAUCUCACAAGUUAGGAUUUCAGAACCGAAAAGAAGUAGGCUGUGCUUCUCCGACAGCAGCUCAGUCCAACUGCAGUAUUCUUCUAACAGCCUCUGUAAAGCAUUCUAAUUUAGUUGGCUGACAUAGCUAACUUUAUUUUCUCCUCUUAAUAUUGGAUAGGGUGGUUGUAAUUAGCUUUAUGGAAGCUGUAGCAUCAAUUUAAUGUCUCUAAUCAACCUAAUUGGCUCUGUGUAAUGAGCUCACUGUCAUUGUAAUCCAAACAGUACACUUGAUCAUGUAUAUAAUCACUUGAUUAUGCUCAUUGCAAUCA